AUGGUUCCAAAUGAAUUAAUGCAGUUCACUGGCAUUAGCCUUUUGCUUGUCCAUUUUGACUGGAAGUGGGUUGGCUUAAUCACUACAGAUAAUGAAGAUGGAGUGACUUUUAUCAGAGUGAUGUCCCAAGAAAUGGAUAAAACAAAUUCCUGCAUUGAGUCCAUAACAUGUUUGCCUAAUUACCGUCCAUUUCAUGAAGAAUCCGUGAAUGAAUUGCUCAGUAGUAUUUCCAGAUUAUCAUCCAAUGUCGUGAUUGUUCAUGGAGAGACCUAUCAGCUAAUCUUGCUAAAUCUUGCUCUAUCAGUAAAACAGAUGGAUGGAAAGGUUUGGAUUGCAACUGGAGCUUGGGAUUUCACCUCCCAUUUCAGCAGAAAACACUGGAACUUGACAUCACUACAUGGUGCCAUCUCCUUAGCAGUCCAUAAACAUGAGAUUCCAGGGUUCUGGGAUUUUCUUAUAGACAUUGAUCUUGAUCAAUACCCUAAUGAUUUUUACCUGAAAAACUUCUGGGCCCACACCUUCCGGUGCUCAUGGUCCUUUUUUGUGUUGGAUCCAACCUGGCCUAAAUGUAGUGGUACUGAAAAGCUACAGGAUGUCAGCAUUGAUUUGUUCAAUAUGGACACAUCUAGUGUCAGUUAUAGUAUUUCUAAUGCUGUUUAUGUCAUAGCUCACACUUUACAUAAAAUAUAUUUUCUCCAUUCAGAAAAGAAAAGAAAUGUCAAAUUGGAAUUCCUUAAAAUUCAAGCAUGGCAAAUUCCAAGUUCUGUGUGCAGUGAAAGUUGCCACCCUGGAUACAGAAGAUCUCUUGUAUCUGGGAAGUUAUCAUGCUGUUUUGAUUGCGUUCCAUGUACAAAAGGAACAAUCUCUAGCCAGAAAGAUAUGGAUUACUGUGAAAAAUGCCCAGAAGAUCAGUAUCCAAGUGACAGUCGUGAUAAAUGCAUUGCAAAGUUGGUUGUGUUCCUUUCAUAUAAAGAGCCAUUGGGAGCUCUUUUAGCUUUUAUAUCAGGUUUUCUUUUCCUUGUCACAGUUUUGGUUCUAGGAAUAUUUAUCAAGUACCGGGACACACCCAUAGUGAAAGCCAAUAAUCAUGAUCUCACUUUUAUUCUUCUCUUUUCCCUCCUCCUCUGCUUCCUUUGCUCUUUGGCAUUCAUUGGUCAGCCAAGUAAGGUUUCUUGCCUCCUACGCCAAACAUUUUUUGGCAUUGUAUUCUCAGUUGCUGUUUCAUCCAUCUUGGCAAAAACUAUCACAGUAAUCUUAGCUUUUUUGAUUAAAAAUCCAGGAAGCACUUGGCAACAUUGGACAGGGAAAAGGCUGACAAAUUCCAUAGUUUUCUUCUGCUCUUUUAUUCAGGUUGUAAUCUGUGGCAUUUGGUUGGAAACAUCUCCCCCCUUUCCAGAUAUGGAAAAACCAUCAGGGCAAGACUAUGUCAUUCUACUUUGUAAUGAAGGGUCUGUUUCCAUGUUUUAUCUUGUACUAGGCUACAUGGGCUUUCUCGCCAAAGUCAGUUUCAUUGUAGCCUUCUUGGCCAGAAAGCUGCCUGGGGUUUUUAAUGAAACCAAACUAAUCACCUUCAGCAUGCUGGUGUUUUGCUCUGUUUGGUUGUCCUUUGUGUCAACUUACAUAAGUAAUAAUGUCAAAUUCAUGGCGGUAGUGGAAAUUUUUGCAAUCUUGUGUUCCAGUAGUGCUUUACUGGGCUUUAUCUUUUUCCCUAAAUGUUACAUUAUCGUGCUGAGGCCUGAGUGGAACAGAAAGACAAAUAUACUUGGAAAAUCAAAUUCCCACUUCAAAUUAUUAUGA